AACUGAGCUAUCGAAGGGACAUGGAAAAAUCCUUGGAGCAAAAGGUACAUGUUUAUAUCGUAGCGUUGAGUUUAGUCUUCUCUACCGGAUGUUGAUCAACGUCGACCAUUCAGCAAUCGUGAGAUUUCCGUGUAUUGAGCCCUCGUCAGAACUGUCGACAUGUCUCCAAACGGGUCUUUCCAGGCACAACUUUCUUCAAUUAUGGAGACGCUGACGACGUCUGCCGUUGCAGAGAUUACAAAACUGGUCGAUUACAGUUCUGCCCUACUAUUCUCGGAGAUAUCCCGACAACAGGGAGAGAACGACGCUCUUCGGAAGGCAUUGUACUGUAUGCAAAUCGAGCUCGGGACCGAGAGACCAAAGCGGGGCACCUCUUCUGUUGAUAUAUCUUUAGAAGUUCAGCUUUGCGACGAGAUCCAGAAUAAUAAAGGCGUGGGGGACCACAGGUUUCCGGACAAGCAGUUGGUUGUGAGUGAGAGGCACUAUGGAGUGGAUGCUGCCAUCGAAUUGGGAGAAACCAGUGCACCUCAGCGCAGAACAGUGAAGGAAGAAUGUCCUGAUGUGAAACAGGUCAUUUUACAACCAGACCCUAAAGGUGAGGACAGGCCGGAGGAGGUUGUGAAAGCUAGUCACCCGGAGGAAGCAGAGCACAUCAUUAUCGGUGGAGAAGGAAAUGAUGGCCUGUCCCUAAAAGAUGAUUUCCAGGCCAUGGACGAGAGCCAGUCAGAGGCGUACCACAACUCCACAGCAGAGCCAGAGGAAGAAGACACCAGCCAAGACUUCAGCGAGGAGCUGGAGAUGUGGGUCAAGUCUGAGCCGGGGUCAGAGAGCGACACCCCCAGCUUCACCCCCAGUGUCGCAGAAAACAAGAUGGUCGACCACCUCACGGGCAGGGAAAUGCACGCCUGUUCAUACUGCAACAAACGCUUCAACUACCGUAGCCAGGUGAUAAUCCACGAGCGGGUUCACACGAGGGAGAGGCCGUUCGUCUGCAAGCAGUGCGGCAAGGGUUUCUCCCAGAUUAACAACCUCAAGAAGCACCAGCUCUGUCACAGGGGAGGGGAGGGGAAUCACGAGUGCGGGGAGUGUGGAAAGGCGUUCUGCCACACCCAGAGCCUGAAGAAUCACAUGGUGGCAGCUCACGGCUUCGGUUCAAGGUUGGACUGCGAGACGUGCGGCAAGACGUUUCACAAUAAGAAAGCUCUCAUCGCACACUCCACCAGUCACAGCAGGGCUUUUGGCUGCGAGAUAUGCGGGAAGGCUUUCGGUACGAAACAAACUCUUAAGACCCACCAGUUCACUCACACGGGGGAGCGUCCGUUCAUCUGCAACUACUGCGGCAAGAGCUUUGCCUACGUCUGUAACCUUAAAACUCACAAGAGGGUUCACACUGGGGAGAAACCCUUUGGCUGUGAGCUGUGUGGCAAGUGUUUCACUCAGAAACACUGCCUGGAGAAACACUCGUGUGUAGAUUAAAGAGCUGUAGAUCUACAGAGUAACUGCAGCAAACUACCGUCUAUGUUUACUUGUUGGCACCAAAUGUUCCAUGGCUGUAACGUUCUAAUCUGCGUUCUGACUAGAAUGUUGUGGUCUUGUAGUCUGGGUACCAGUCUGUUUAGCUAACGUUCCACUCCUUGUGCUAUGGGCCACAGAGACUGGCCUUUCUUCAAUCUCAGCGUUUAAUAUGCAGCUGGAUUUUGUGAGGAGUUGCUGAUUUGUUGUUGGAAAUAACGUUAUUGUUUGGCAAUGGCACAGAGUACAAGGAGUGGUAUGUUAGCUAAACAGACUGGUACCCAUGCUAGUGGUCUUGUGCUAUCAUGGGGGAAAUUCUAAACCUAAAACCAAGUUUGUUGAACUCUGCGUAUUCUAUUGCUUUGUUGUUUCUAGUAAAGUGUCUACAUGUGUGUGGGACAGAUUGACCUGUGCAUACAUUUAUUGUUUUUUCUUAUAAUAUCACAUUGUUAUUUUAGGUAAUUUGAUCAAUGUUUAGUUAAAUUUUAGCUGACAUUUUAAUUUGCACGAUUACGAAGUACAUCGACAGUUACUACUACAACUUCUAUCAUUACUGUGGCGGUAACAAUAGUGUGAGGGGAUUGACACACAAAGCCAAAUCAUCCCUUCACAUUCUGAUUGGACAGAAAUAGAUCUCCCCCUGUUGAGUUAGGUUUCUCUCAAAGUUUAUUGGUCGUCACUAGCUUCCACAGCUACAAAGUCAUAAACCCGCCCGUUUCUACAGUUUCUCUUCUUACAUUUUGAUUUUAAACCUAACCACAAUGCUAUUCUUAUACCUAUCCCUAACCUUAACAUGAAGAGCAAAAAUGAAAAUACAUAAAUUUUUACGAUAUAGCCAGUUUUGACCUUGCGGCUAGUGAAAACAAAGUUUAUUCUGAUCAAGGUCGUUUUCCCUACUGACCUUUUUUACUGUACUACAAAUAUUAGCCUACAUAUAUUUUAUUUGUUUGUUUUAACAAAUGUAAUUUUGACAAAUCAGCUGGUAUUCACUGUGUACAUUAUAUCCAAUCCAUGCUUUAACGUUGUAAUGAUAAAAUAUUGUGUUCUGUCCUGAUUCUGUCCACGUAUAUAGCAUAACAUAUACUGUUGUAUUUCAUUGGGAAAACAGUUCUUGACCAUACGUAUUUCACUUGGUCUGGGUAUUAAGUGUUGCUAGAAUAACUUUUUAUUUCUUUCACUUUCAUCUUAAAGCUGCAAUCAGCAGUUGAAACAAUAACAAAGCGUCCGAGCCACCCCUGUUUUUGGUAACAAAGCACAAGGAGGGGGCUGAAGUAAUGUACCAACUCUCAAAUCCAUAGACAGAGCUAUGGAUGCAAGGACUGACCAACCGUGAUAUCAAAAUGAUAUUUUUAACCAUGUUUUGAGGCUAUGUAGUGUUUGUUUACAUUUACUUUGUUUACAAACAUUGGGAUUUUUAAAAAGUAUCUAUUUGGUGUUCUUGGGGUAAAAAAAAUGUAUUUGGGGUUCUGAUGAGGUAUGACAGUUGAAUCUAGCUCAUGAGGCAUUUAUAGGUUAUGUUCUUCAAGAAUACAUAUUCAUUUAUACGUCCAAAAUGGAUGUAGCAACUGCGGAUUGCCCUUUUAAAAAUUGCCAUGCAAAUCAUACUUCUGUGGUUGAUAAAUCAGAAUAGAUCGCAGAGAGUACCAGUAUAACAAACACUCCGCACUCUGCUGUGCCCACUCACGCUCUCAUAAACCAUUCAAGCCUGGUAGGUGGCGGAGGCGAGCUACACACUUUUCUGUAACGGGUACCAAAUGGAAGAUGCUGGAACAGAGCCAAGAUACGGUAUAGAAUCACUGGCUGAAGUAGAGGAACUUUCGGGGAGUCGGUAGCCUAAAUAAUUGCAUGAGAUGAGUUCAAUUGGAUAUAAAAUGUACAAUUAAUGUGAUAGCAAGCAAUGUAGAUAAAUACAGCCACUGCAGUAACUAAUUGAAAAGCCUGACUAGCUAACUUGAUAACUAAUGCUAACUUACUGUCCUCGUGGUACGACAUGCUAACUAUGCAAGUAGCUAGUACACAGGUUAACAGCUUUUAUUACAACUAGCAAGCUAUAAUGUUUUAGUUUGCAAAAUUACUUUAGCUAAUGGUAGCUUAUCCUCUCUUAAUGCAGCCAACAGUAUUUCGAGUGGACAGCAUGCAUUUAUUGUGUAGUUUGUGUGUGGCAGGCUUACAAUGAUGGCAAACAACAACAUUUGUGUUUUGCUGAACCUGGUGCCAGAGGUGGUACGCAGCUGGAGUUUGAAUGUUUGAAGGGGUAUGGGACUAUAAAAUGUUUGGGAACAACUGCCUUAGACAAUUACCCCCUCCACAAAAAUAUACCAUAUGUUGAAUGCCUAGGCCUAGUUUUUUUUUUUAAGUUAUCUGAUGGAAUUAAAUGCAUAUAAAUAGAAUGGCAUUCCCAUUCAAGUUAAUUAACCCAUUCUAUUCAUUAGCCAUUUGUUUUAACUAGGCAAGACCGUUAAGAACAAAGUAUUAUUUAUAAUUACAGCCUAGAACCGUGGGUUAACUGUCUUGUCUAGGGGCAGAAUGACAGAUAUGUAUCUUGUCAGGUCAGUGAUUCGAUCGGGCAACCUUUACAGUUUCUAGCCCAGCCCUUUAACCACUAGGCUACCUGCUGCCCCAAGAACCCACCUGUCGCCCCAUUUAAAACAAUUUGAUUGCCGAAAUCUGAUCAGAUAACAUUGGCCGGCUGAUUGGACAGAUGUGAGUUCCCAGAGCUACUUUUAUUUGGUUAGUAAAUUAUACUGAUUACAGUAGAACCCCGAUUUAUUUCAUUUUAUAGGUGUAGCCAGCCUACUACAGUAGUUCAAUCAACUCCCUUUGCUCUUGGUCGUUUAUGCCAAUGGAGCCCAGUAGGUGGCGGUAUAGGCCUACACAUUCCUCAUUUUCAUUAGUGGCUGGUGCGCUAUUACCGUCACAAGAAGCCAGCAGAAAACGAACAGGUGAACAUUUGACAUGAGUUAAGUUAUUACAAGACGUAGAUAAAUUUAAUCUUGAGAUUUAUGUUUUUUCUGUGACAUUUAUUCAUGAUAAUAGUAAUUUCAAUGACAACCAGAAAUGUACAUCAGAAUUUGAGUUUAACAAGUUGUCACCUGUCACUUUGUUUUCGUGAAAAUAAAUAUUGUUUUAA